GGCGGCGGCGGCGGAGUGGAACACAGGAGGUGGAAGCUGGGGGACCGGCAUGGACGUUUCGGGGCAGGAGACCGAUUGGCGGAGCGCCGCCUUCAGGCAGAAGUUGGUCAGUCAAAUAUGAGACCAUCUGGGGCACUGUGUGCAAGAAACUGCUACCUGCCGCAGAACGGGAGAAGACCAAGGGAGACACUGGAGGCCACUCUGUAGCUAUCUGGGGACCUGGUGAAGGUUGGCUGACUAGCUGAACAGUCCUGCACUGGUGGAGGACAGGCAAGCGACGUUUCUGGCUCUGGUGAAGAUGCCAUGAGAAAAGCUGGCGUGGCCCACAGUAAAUCCAGCAAGGAUAUGGAGAGCCAUGUGUUCCUGAAGGCGAAGACCCGGGACGAAUACCUUUCUCUCGUGGCCAGGCUCAUUAUCCAUUUUCGAGACAUUCAUAACAAGAAAUCUCAAGCUUCUGUCAGUGACCCUAUGAAUGCACUACAGAGCCUGACUGGAGGACCUGCUGCAGGAGCAGCUGGAAUCGGCAUGCCUUCUCGGGGCCCAGGACAGCCCCUGGGCGGGAUGGGAGGCCUUGGCGCCAUGGGGCAGCCAAUGUCUCUCUCUGGGCAGCCACCCCCCGGCACCUCAGGGAUGGCGCCCCACGGCAUGACUGUCGUGUCUACGGCAGCUCCACAGAGCCUGACCCCUGCCUGGGUCUCAUCUCCAGCCCAGCUGCAGCUCCAGCAGGUGGCACUGCAGCAGCAGCAACAGCAGCAGCAGCAGCAGCAGUUCCAGCAGCAGCAGGUGGCGCUGCAGCAGCAACAGCAGCAGCAGUUCCAGGCUCAACAGAAUGCCAUGCAGCAGCAGUUCCAGGCAGUAGUACAGCAGCAGCAGCAGCAGCAGCAGCAGCUACAGCAGCAACAACAGCAGCACCUGAUUAAAUUUCAUCAUCAAAACCAGCAACAGAUACAGCAGCAACAACAGCUGCAGCGGAUGGCACAGCUGCAGCUGCAGCAGCAACAGCAGCAGCAGCAGCAGGCUUUACAGGCCCAGCCGCCAAUGCAGCAGCCACCAAUGCAGCAGCCACAGCCUCCCCCCUCCCAGACCCUGCCCCAGCAGCUGCAGCAGAUGCAUCACCCACAGCACCACCAGCCCCAGCCGCAGCCCCAGCAGCCACCAGUUGCUCAGAACCAACCAUCGCAGCUCCCGCCACAGUCACAGACCCAGCCUUUGGUGUCUCAGGCUCCGGCCCUCUCUGGACAGAUGUUGUACGCCCAAACACAGCUGAAACUAGUCCGAGCUCCGAUGGUGGUGCAACAGCCGCAGGUGCAGCCCCAGGUGCAGCCCCAGGUGCAGCAGCAGACAGCGGUGCCGACAGCUCAGGCCCCCCAGAUAGUGGGUUCAGGAGUCCAGAUGAUUGCCGCAGCCUUGGCCCAAGGCGGGAUGCAAGUAAGAGCCCGGUUCCCGCCCACCACUGCCGUGUCUGCUGUCCCGUCAAGCUCCAUCCCUUUGGGCGGACAGCCCUCAGCACAGGUCAGCCAGAACAGCCUCACCAUGCUGUCCUCGCCGUCGCCGGGCCAGCAGGUGCAGACCCCGCAGUCGAUGCCCCCUCCCCCCCAGCCGUCCCCGCAGCCUGGCCAGCCCAGCUCGCAGCCCAACUCCAACGUCAGCUCCGGCCCUGCCCCAUCCCCAAGUAGCUUCCUGCCCAGCCCCUCACCACAGCCCUCCCAGAGUCCAGUGACGGCGCGCACCCCGCAGAACUUCAGCGUCCCCUCCCCAGGACCUUUAAACACCCCUGUGAACCCCAGCUCAGUCAUGAGCCCAGCGGGCUCCAGCCAGGCUGAGGAGCAGCAGUACCUGGAUAAGCUGAAGCAGCUGUCCAAGUACAUCGAGCCCCUGCGCCGCAUGAUCAACAAGAUUGAUAAGAAUGAAGACAGAAAAAAGGACUUGAGUAAGAUGAAGAGCCUUCUGGACAUCCUGACAGACCCUUCCAAACGUUGCCCCCUGAAAACUCUGCAAAAGUGUGAGAUCGCCCUGGAGAAACUCAAGAAUGACAUGGCGGUGCCCACGCCCCCACCACCCCCAGUACCACCAACCAAACAGCAGUACCUGUGCCAGCCGCUUCUGGAUGCCGUCCUGGCCAACAUCCGCUCACCUGUCUUCAACCAUUCCCUAUACCGAACAUUCGUGCCAGCCAUGACGGCCAUCCAUGGCCCACCCAUCACGGCGCCAGUGCUGUGUGCCCGGAAGCGUAAGUUUGAAGAAGACGAGCGGCAGAGCAUCCCCAACGUGCUCCAGGGGGAGGUGGCCAGAUUAGACCCCAAGUUCCUGGUGAGCUUGGACCCUUCUCACUGCAGUAACAACGGCACUGUCCAUCUGAUAUGCAAGCUGGAUGACAAGGACCUCCCUAGUGUACCACCACUGGAGUUCAGUGUGCCUGCUGACUACCCUGCCCAGAGCCCGCUAUGGAUCGACCGGCAGUGGCAGUACGACGCCAACCCCUUCCUGCAGUCGGUGCACCGAUGCAUGACCUCGAGGCUGCUGCAGCUCCCCGACAAGCAUUCGGUUACAGCCCUGCUCAACACCUGGGCGCAGAGCAUCCACCAGGCCUGCCUCUCGGCUGCCUAGCUACUACCACUGCAGGGUCUCGGGUUGCCAGCCCAUCGGGGACCACGGGGUCAGCCGGCAGCCUUGUUGGGGCCACAGAGGACACGCCUCAUGUUGGACCUUUCUAGGUGUUGGCUCCCUUAGAGAGCCUGGGCUUAGGUUAGCUUUCCUGCUUUUAUCUUCUGCCUUGGGGACCUACCAAACAUUUUCCCACUUACACAGGACUGGGACAAGCGGCUGCGGAGCUGGCUGCAUCGAUGGUGGGGGUAGGAGUUCCUCCAGGGAGGUGAAUGUGCCCCUGGACUUGCGUUCAUUGGGCUGCUGUCCCUGUAGCCUCUGCAGGGCCCAUGUCCUUAGCAGCAUGGGGGAGAAGUCAGGCCCUGUUAGAGCCCCUUGUGUGUCUGUGCUCCAGAAAACACUCUACCCGUGUCUGUGGGGGAACAUGGAGAACAUAGGAAACCCUUAAAACACACAGAAUCCUCUGAUCACAGUGUUGGGUUCAGACCAUGCCUCUGUUGGCAUAUGGGCCAUGUCACAGGGAGGCUCCCAGAUCCAGGGAUGCCAGCUGCGUCUCAGAGAGAAGUCUGGCCUGCGGAUGGCUGUAAGUCCCCACCACUGGCUGGGCCUCAUACCUCAUGGUGUUCUCCCUUCGGGCCUUGGGGGCCUGCUCAGCACUGUAGGCAUGCUGGGGAGCAGAGGCUUCUGGGAGGAUCCUGUCUCUGGCACUGUGUAUACCAGCUGGGCCCACUCAUGGGUUGGGGUGCCAUCCUCAGGACCUGGCAUCCUCAGAGCCACUCCAGAGAUUGCGGCUCCUUGACGGGGCAUCAGCUGGCCCUCUGGUGACGAGAGGUUCCCCUUUUAUAUGUGCACUACCAUGUCAUCUGUGGUUCUUAUAAUAAAUUUAUUAUUCCUGUGUU